AAUUCUUCAAGCCCACCCAAAGUCCGUCACGGUAGAGCGAGGAGGAGCACCAGAGUGAAGAAGAUCACCAACUUUUUUCCUCAUCGAUUUGCAUUUCAAUCCAUCCUCACCGGCUAAACGCCGCCGUUUAAGACCAAUCUUUGCCGACGACGUCCUGAAGUUAACUUUAAUGGCUGGUGGUAGGGGACUUUACCACUUGCUAAGGGGCAGGCUUCAUUCUCAUUCUGCUGCCCCGCCAGCUUUAUCAUCUCUCGUUUUAAACAAAAAUCAGGAUGGAGCUGAAUCUGCUGGCGUGAAGUCAUUGAGGGCGAUUACUCUUCUUGGAGCCGGUCUAUCAGGCGUUUUAAGUUUUACAACUAUCGCGGUUGCUGAUGAAGCCGAGCAUGGUUUGGAAUCUCCAAAUUACCCUUGGCCUCACCAAGGCAUUCUCAGUUCAUAUGAUCAUGCCUCGAUUCGACGUGGACACCAGGUGUACACACAAGUCUGCGCAUCCUGUCAUUCAAUGGGUUUGAUUUCAUAUCGUGAUUUGGUCGGCGUAGCAUAUACAGAAGAGGAAACAAAGGCAAUGGCUGCGGAAAUCGAGGUGGUUGACGGUCCUAACGAUGAGGGUGAGAUGUUUACACGCCCCGGAAAACUAAGCGAUCGGUUUCCUCAACCUUACGCAAAUGAGCAAGCUGCUAGGUUUGCUAAUGGUGGGGCCUACCCUCCAGACUUGAGUCUUAUUACCAAAGCUCGUCAUAAUGGACAGAACUAUGUGUUUGCACUUUUAACCGGCUACCGUGAUCCUCCUGCCGGUGUUACAAUUAGGGAAGGCUUGCAUUAUAAUCCGUACUUUCCUGGUGGAGCAAUAGCGAUGCCGAAAAUGCUUAACGAUGGUGCUGUUGAAUAUGAAGACGGUACACCAGCAACAGAGGCCCAGAUGGGAAAAGACGUCGUUUCGUUUUUGAGUUGGGCUGCAGAACCAGAAAUGGAAGAACGGAAACUGAUGGGAUUCAAGUGGAUAUUUGUACUGUCACUGGCCUUGCUUCAAGCUGCGUACUAUAGGCGUCUGAGGUGGUCGGUUCUGAAGUCGCGUAAGCUUGUUCUCGACGUUGUCAACUAGCGCUUUCUCUAAUUGUUCAAGAAAUUUUACUGAAACGACUUGUAUUUGAAAAAAUAAUUAUUUCUGUAAAAGAACUGGAUGUGCAUUUUUUUGUACUAAAAUUGGUACACAAGCUGGUCUUUUGGUUCUUAUGGCACUUGUUUUUCACUGUGGAUUUUUUUAGAAACUAAUAAGUGAAACCCGUUAUUGUAAUCUCAUUUAUAAUUUUAAAUAAAAACAUUUAUUAAGUUGUUUUAAUUA